UCCCACUCGAUUAACCUCUGAAUUCACAAAGCUCUAACAAUGGCUACACUGAAGACGAUCUCAGCAGCACUGAACCUUGUCGAUUCCAAGAAAGAGAAUCUGAAGAAAGCCUUCGACAAUCUGCAUUCCCUUCUCUCCCCCCUCCCUCUCUCAUGGCUCGACCUCGAUUCCCACUUCACCACCCUCCACCACUCCCUCACCCACCGCUUCAACCUCCUCCAAUCCCAUUCCCAAACCCUAACCCCAAUUCCCGACCCACCACCCCACACCCCCCAAGAUGUGAACUUUUCGUCAAACCCUACCGACCCAUCAUCGAAUCACGACGAAUCAUCACCUGGGGUGUCCCUCCAGAACGACGUCGUUCCGGGCCCGGUCACGCCCAGGAACGAAUUGGUCGCUUUAUGCGAGAAAAUGGACGGUGUAGGGUUGAUGAAUUACGUCAAUGACAACUUUCAGGAUAGAACCAGGGUUCAGGCGGAGCUUCCCGGCGCGUUUCGGCACGCGCCGGACGCCGGUACGAUGGUUCUGGGAGCGUUGGAGGUGUUUCACGGAGAAGGUAGUGAAUUGAAGGAAUGGGAAUUAAGGAGGAUUAGGAAGGCUUGCAUUGUGCUGUUGAAGCAGUUCAGGGUUGCUGCUCUGAGUGUGAGUGCUGAGGCAAGUGUGAGAGCUAGAGAGUUGGCUUUGGAAUGGAAAGAGAGGUUGGUGGGUGAUGAGGACAAUAUGUUUGGAGCUUUGGGGCUUUUGCAUUUGAUUUGUGCCUUUGGUUUUGUCUCUGAAUUCAGCUUGGAUGAGCUUGUUGACUUUUCGGUCGCUGCCCCGACUAACGAGGAGGACUUCCCGGAGCUGUGCCGGACGAUCGGGUUGACGGAGAGAGUUCCCGAUAUUGUUCAAAAACUUAUAGAUAAGGACAAACAUAUUCCGGCUGUCAAGUAUAUUCUUGAGUUUAAUCUUGCUGACAGGAUUUCACCUGUUCCUAUUUUGAAAGCUUGUGUAGAAGAAGCUAAGAAACUUGGUAAAAGACUUUUCCAGGAAGGAAAGUCAUUGAAUGAGAGUACAUCUAGAGAAAUUAAUACACUGAGAAUGGUGAUCAAGACUAUUGAGAGUUAUAAGCUUGAAUCUGAGUACCCACUUGCUAGCCUGGAGCAGCAUAUAGAGCAAUUAAAGAGGCAGAAGACAAAUAAUAAACAUGCUGCACCGACUUCUGCUGCAAAGCCUCCUCAGCAUAAACAGCAACAGCAACAACAGCAGCAAAAGAGAAAUAUGCAGAAGCAGCCGCAGCAAACUGGGAUCAAGCGUCCUCGAGCAUCAGCACCAGUUGGAUCUGCAGCUGUCCUCAAGAAUGUCAAUAAUGUCAAUUCAACUAUACACCACUACCAGCAACAUCUUGUCCAUCCAUCAGGUUUGUUUACAGAGCAUCCAAAUCCAUACAUGAGCUUGCCAGCCAUGCCAUUUGGCAUGGUGUCUCCUACCCCAAAUGUUCCUCCUUAUGCAGGUCCUUCAGCUGGGCCUUAUGGUCAUGAUGGUGUCCCAAUGGGUCCCAGCGGCAACCCCAGUCUUGGUGGUUCUCAUCUUAGCUCGUCAGAGCCACAUGUGCAAGCUGUUGGUUAUUAUGAUAGAGCCUCUACUUAUGGUGGGAUUGGUCUGCAACAUUAUUACCAAGCAUCUUAUUAUCCUCAAUAGAUCAAUAAUUCACUUAAUUUGCCAUUACUGAACUGGAGGGUUGAUAUACUAGUUUUUCCCUGACUUUACAUCUUGACUGCUUAGUUAUCAAAAGCUAGUUUGCAACUUUGCGCCAUUGACCAUGAUUGUAGGACAAGAAGUAGAUUCAGUAAUUAAGAAUUGUGAGGGAAUGCUUACUGUUACAAUUUUAAUUACUUGAAUCACUUCUUAAUUGUAUCUAUAAAAUUAUUUCUAGGUUAAUCAUGGUCAUGAGUUUUCUCAUUCUCUCUUUCUUCUCUAUUUCCUAGGCUUUGUUGUUUUGAGUAAGCAAUGGGACUUGGACAGCUAAAGUUAUCUUGAAUAUAAUCUUUACAAAGUUGUAGUUUCAAGUGUGUAUGAUGAGUUAUUAAACAAGUCUGUUGUUAUUCAUGUGAUUAUUUUGGGGGGAAGGAGUUUGUGUCCAAUGUCAACAACCUAAAUUGUAUCCUACUAGUACUAGGUGGGUCUGUUACAUGGAUCAGUCAUCAUUGGUUUUUGUUAACUAUCAAAUUUUCAAUAAAACCAUAUAGAACUAGUCUUUACUAAAGGAUUUUCAUCAUA